AAACAAGUCAAACGUCAAAACGUCGGGGAAUAUGAUGUGCGAAACAAAAACAUUUUGUUUGGCAGAAGAUAAAAAAUCUUUCGAAUUUUGUAUGUAAUACGUAAGAAGUCAAUUUAAAUCAAGAUUCCCAAGAUAAUGUUUCGACAUCUCCUUUUAAUGUCAGGAUUGACUUCUACUUGCAACAGAGAUUGUUCGGGACGGGGAGAAUGUAAUAAUGGAACAUGCAUGUGCGACAUUAGAUUUACAGGGGAACUUUGUGAUGACCCCAACUUACCCUAUCAUGCUGGUAUUGGAGGAGUUUUCAUAUUCAUAGCCUUAAUCUGCGCCAUUCAGCUUAUAAUGUGUAUCAUAUCUGAAUACCAAAGAAUGAAAGCACCCUCUCUAUUACGAGCUUGUAAGAUUACAACGCAGAAAAUGAUAUAUUUGGUAAUUUGUUUGGCUGGUUUAAUAAGAGGUGCCUAUUUUAUAUUUCCAGAAUCAUUUGAAUAUGGUUGGUCCAAUAGUUUAUUGUCGUCUUAUUAUCCAUUGUUGAUGUCUAGUGCAUCUCUGAUUGUAUGCUUUUGGGCCGAGGUCUUUCAUUUACAAGGUGUGCAUUAUGAGAAACCACAGUUCAUCUCCAAGUCAUUUUUGGGAUUUAUAACUUUUAAUAUUAUCAGUUAUGGUUUGCUGUUUGCUGAAUUCAUUACAACUCAAAUUGCAGAACCUCCACCGAAUGAUCCAGGUUUUUACAACCACCUCUUCAAUGGUUGUUAUGCAGUGCUUAUGUUCAUAGUGGUUAUAUUUUUCCUAAUCUAUGGGGUUGAAGUAUAUUUUAAAGUCCGUGGUGGUUUUGUGUCAAAAACUAUUGCAUGGGCUCCAUCUAGGGAAUCAGAACCUUUACAAAGUGAUCAUAUUGAUGUGAGGCCCCAAAUAAAUGUAUCCCAACUACAUCAAUCACGCAUAGGUCUGCUCAGUCAAGCACUUAUGCUUAUUGUUAUAGCAGGUUUCCUAUUUUCUGAAACCUUAAGUGAAUUUUGGAAAACUAAAGUACCAAUUAAUUCAAGGAAUUUGCAUGACGUGAUUUUCAGGGUAGUCGAAAUAGGAGUUGCCAUAUGGUUUCCGGCUGUACUUUGGAACUGUAUGCAACCUUCAGAACUAUGGAUAUUGAAUCCCAGAAAGUUGUUGGCCAAAUUCGAUCAACCAAAAUGUUCAGAAACAGAAAUGUCAUCAGUCGAUGGAAAGACAGGAAAGGAGGGGGAUGGCAGGGAGGAUGAUGAAUUUUUGGAUAAAAGAGAGUGUUGGAUUUGUUAUGAUAAUGAGAAAAAGGAACCCUUUAUCCAACCAUGUGACUGCACAGGGGAUGUAUCAAGUGUACAUCAUGAAUGUCUAAGAAGGUGGUUGAUGGAAAGUUCAUCCUCUAAUAAUGAACCAUUACGCUGCAAAGUGUGCAAAUAUGAAUAUGAUAUAUGCCGUAAUAGCGAGUUGAAGUGGGAUAAAGGAUUUACUGCUAAACACUGGGGUAGCACAGCUGUAAUAGUCACUUGCAUGUGUGUCACUAUUGCCUGUGCCUGGAUUGUCAUCCAGCUUUACGCAAAUUCAUAUAUUAGGAUGCUAGCUGCCAGUAUUGCACUAAUUGUGAUAUAUAUUUGCAUAAGAUUUUUAGGUCAAAACACUCUGAGUGCUUAUCAACGAGCCAAAGUAGCUGCUCUUAGUAUUGGCGAUCACGUGACAACUAUAAGUGCCAAUGUCAAUACCUCAAAUUCUCAGACCCAGGAGACUUUGUGAAGUUUAAUGAUAUUCAGUAGUGUGGGAGAUUAACAGCAUUAAUAAAAACUGUAAUGCAUUAAGAAUAUUUCCAUAAGUUCCAUGAAGGAGAUUUUUGAAUCUUGUAGUAAGGUUAAAAUUUGCAAUUUUAGGGCCAAUAUCUAUGCCAAUAUCAAUACAAUUUUGAAUAUUGUAACUGUUAGCUAUAAGAUUAAAAAGUAAUCGAAUAUUCCGUUUUAAUCGAAAACCGUUUUUUUAGAUAUUGUUCUAUAAUUAUUGUAGAUAAAUUUGUAUAUUCAUAUUUCUUUUAAAUAGGUGUAGAAUGUAGGAUUCUUCCAUAGGAAUUAGUUAUGCUGUAUAUAUCUGAUUAUUAAUUGGAAUAUUUUUAGUUUUUUUCCUGUUACCAGCAUACAUGUUGGUUGGUUAUUACUGAAAGAAAUAAACCGUACCUAUGCUUGAGUCUGCUAUUGUGAGUUUCAUGUGAAUUGCAGCAGUAAUCAUAAUUUUUGUUAGUUUCUCUUGAUCACAAUCUUUAUAUUGAAUUAUUUUAAAUUUUUAAUAUAUUGUUGCACCUCAUAAACUAAAACUACCAGGGCAGGAAACUUGCCGCUCCAUUUCCCAGUAAAGCUAAUGUAUGAAAUAAUUAAUUUAAUGAACACAUAUUGUUUGGAAUUUAAUCACACUGUGAAACAUCGCACAAGACAGGACAAAAAAUGCUUUUAUCCCAGUCACUAAAAUCACUAAUCCAUUUCAGCGGUUGUUUUAACUAAAUUUUUGAAAAGCUUCUGUCUUCAAACAAAAAUACCCUUCAUUAACAAUUUAACUAACCAUUUUGACAAAGUGACGUAGCGGUGCUUUAAAAUAUAUGUUAAAUGUACUUUUGCAGACUUGUCUCAAACAUAGAUUUUAGAAAACCAACUCUUAUGGCAGAAAAAAAUUUUGUUGUAAUGUGAAAUUCUAAGCGUAAAACUCAGUUUUUUUUCAUUUACGUUAAAGUUUAAAUUUUCAGUUAGUUUAAAGAUAAAAAGAUAAUAAUAGAACUUUUGUUUAGGAUCUUUUUUGUUCUUAAUGUAGGGACUAGGAUUUAUUUAACGAGGUUAUAAAUAUUAAUUCUACCAUAUAAUCUCAUGUAAAUAGAUAGUUGAUAGAAAUUAGUUUGUUCUGAUGCCAAAAAGUGACGUACUUAAAAAAAUUUUUCGUUGUUGAAUGUUAACUUUGUAAAUGUUUGCAAAUAAAAAUAAAAUUGACA